AUGGAGUUUUGAACAAGUGAUGCUGAAUCUGAAUUAUGCCAGAAAAUAGAUGACAUAUCAUUUAUGAUUCACCGUUCAAGUCUGGAAAACUAAGGGCAGUUUGUGGGUGAAAGAGUGAGAGACAUUUAAGCUUGUCUGGCUGCAGAAAAGAGAAUGGAGGAUAGGUCUGUGCAAAGCCUCUUCCAGGAAAUGUAUCGCCUUAAUGGGAACAGUACUACUUAGGCAAGGAAACAUUUUUUGAGUUUGGCUACAAGAUAUUCCUGUUCCUAUCUAGGACGCCUCAAAUUUUCAAAUAUGACUAUAAAUUAAAGAUUAUUGCUGAAAUGCCUCUUAUUAAAUUUGGGAUAUAUAAAGCUCAACCAACUUAGUGCAACUUGUGUGACCCAUUGUGUUUCAAAUGAGUGACUGGAUUUGACCAGUUAGGUUGAUCUUGCUCAAGUUGAUUUCUAAAGGAGAGGAGGUGCACUGUUCCAUUUCUAUUGUAUCAAGCAAUAUACUAGCCUAAAAAACUUGCGACUCAUUUAUAAAUCAUCCUGCGAAAUAAUCCAAAUUGUGGUAGAUCCUAUAGAAGGAGCGGUUUGUUUAAAUAUGUAAAAGGAGUUUUGAUUGGAUCAAUUGAGGAAGCUUAUCUCACCUGAACUUAGAUUUUCUUAAAACGAAAAGAUCAAAUGGUAGAUUGUUGUAUGACAUCUAUCAUUUAUGCCUGAAAAAGUAGAUUCUCACAUACUGACAAGUAAAGAAUGAGAAGCAAAAUAUGUAGAGACUCCACUUCAUAAUGGUUGGAAAUUUUUCACUGAGUUGAAGUGUGUGCACACUUAAAAACAUAAUUCAGUUGGAAAAAUUGAAGAGUACAAUGCUGAUUUUUUUCGAGAAUUUUACACUCUGUGAGGACUCUAAUGAGAUAUAUUGGAAACUGUUGAAUUUCCUUCACUUUCUCUGGAUCCUCAAGGACAAAAACCUUCUCGUGUAGAGAGAGGGAAAGGAACUUCUAUUCAAAAUGAUGGAAAUAUUGUAUUACAUCAGUUCACAACAAAGGUUUGGCAUUUAUAUCAGACCCCUCGUGGAAGGCUGUGGACAUGUGAACCUUAUACACACUAAAAAGAAAACAGACACUAAGAUAGUCAUGUGAGUCACUCAACCAUCAUGUGACACACUAAGGUAGUCACGUGAUUCACUAAGAUAGUCACGUGACACAUAAGGCAAAGUAUUUUAAUAGAAACCAAAGUGAAGUUUAUCAAAAGCUUGUUGUGUCUUGCUAUGCAAUAGUAGUCACUCUUUUAUCAAGUAG